AUGAAGGCCACCGUCCCGAGGGUUGUGGCGGGCCUCGCCUGCCUGACUCCCACUGUUGCACAAAAGUCCAACACUUAUGGCGAGAACUCUCGCGUUGGCUCCAACCUGGUUACCUGCCGUGUCGAGGUCCCAGAGGGGUAUGGCGGUGGCGACAUCAAGGCCACUAGCUAUACUUGGUCGUUUCUGUGGAAGUAUAUCGCUCGUGAUGACUUGUCUCUUUCUGGCGGCCAACUGAAAUGGCUUCUCCCUGCCCUAGCUGACACCAAACAUCUUGUCAACUGCACCCUCACAACCAGCUGGGAUGGCCGUCAGAGCACCUCUGAGACUGCCCUCUACGACGUCACCCGCCGGGAGCCCUACCCCAACCACAAGACAUUUCAGCUUCAUAUUGGCGAAGACAACAUCGUUAUCGAGGAUGGGCAUGAUCACAGGGGUCCUGGACGCCAGCCUGCCUUUUCGUUUUUCCCCAAUGUGGACAACAAGGAUGUGUCUAGCUCGUUCGGCACCCUCUACGACAGCACAAAGUAUCAGGCCCUGACUGACCCCGAGAUCUCGGCUGGCUUCUACAACACCCGGAACUAUGCCUCAUGCUAUGUCUUUCAUGCUUAUUACAACCAACUUCGCCCCCAAACCAGCAGCGGUGACUACGACUCUGACCAUGUCGACGAAGCCUCUGGAAACCAAGAUUACGGCAACUACAGCUAUGGAGAUGAGGACUAUCGCAGAGUCAAGCGUGGCCAUGAUGAUGAUGACAAGGGUUAUGAGAGCGAUAACCACAAGGACAAGCAUCAUAAGGACAAGGACAAAGGCAAGGGCAAAAAGAAGAGCAAGGACAAGGAUAUCAAGGAUAAGGAUAAGGAUAAGGAUAAGGAUAAGGAUAAGGAUAAGGAUAAGGAUAAGGGGAAAGGUAAGGGCUACGAUUUCGGCAAAGGCAACGACCACAAGGUCAAACGCAGGCAUGAUGAUCGUGAUCACGAUGACAAGAAGUACGAUGACAAGCAUCACGAUGAGUACGAGUACGGAAAGGACCACGACAAAGACCGAAAGGAUAAGGACAAGCAUCACAAGGAUAAGGACAACAAGGAUAAGGACAAGAAAAAGGGCUUCAAGGGCUUUGGCAAAGUCAACGGCAACAAGGUGAAGCGUGGGCAUGACGACCACGACGACAAGGAGUAUUACGACCAUGAGAAAGACAAGGACCAUAAGAAUAAAGACAAGCAACACAAGGAAAAGGACAAGGGGAAAGGGAGGGGAAAGGGCUUCGGCUUUGGGAAAGGCAAAGGCAAGGAUAAGGAUUACAAGGAUGAGGAUUACAAGGUCAAGCGUGGCCAUGAUGACCAUGAUGACAAGGACCAGUAUGGCUAUGAGGAGGACAAGCACCGCAAGGAGAAGGACAAGAAGAAGGACCACAAGGAUAAGGAUAAGGGAAAGAGCAAGGGAAAAGGCAAGGGGUACAAGGACAAAGACCACGAUGACAAAAACUACAAGGUCAAGCGUGGGCAUGACAACGACAAGUACGAUGAUCAUGAUGACCGUCACUACGACAAGGGCUACGAUAUCGGUUACCACAAGGAAAAGCACCACAAGGGCAAGGAUAAGGGCAAGAGCAAGGACCACAAGGCCAAGCACGAUGACUACGACUACACCUAUGCCAGCUAUAGUGAUGAGUCGGCCUACGAUGAUUUCCCUCGGCCCUAUGGCGGAGUCGACACAUACUCUUUCUCUUACCGCGACCCUCACGAUGUCAGUCGCUUCUUGGAUUGCCGUCCACGCCUGCCUGAGGGUAACAAAUACGGUGACGGGUACUUUGAGCAUGAUGAUAUCUUGGGCUAUGGUGUUGAUGACGAUGACGACUACGCUCGGCCCGAUGAUGCCCCUACAGACUAUGCGGAUGAUACAGCUUCUGUCCAACAUUCUUACGGCGACAACGACUCUGCCUACCAAAAUGAUCCCGCUCCCGAGGCCGCCUAUGACGAUGCCGCGGUUCCCGUCGAGCAGUCUUACAGCGACAACGAGCCUGCUCAGCCUGCCCCUAGUUCGUAUGAUGCCAAUGUGACAUACGUCCCCAACGCAACUCCUGUUGAGGACUUCUAUGAUGGCAAUGAAUCUGCUGCUCAUGAUGGUUCGAAUGACUCUCCCAAUCUUGAUGUUCUUGACGACUAUGAUUCUGACUUUAGCUGUUCCGGUCCAGACUACGAUACCGAUUACUACUCUGAUACUGAUGGUUCGGAUGGGUCCGACGGCUCUGACGGGUCUGACGGCUCCGAUAGCUCCGAUGGCUCUGACGGCUCUGACGGCUCUGAUGGUUCGGACGGCUCUGAUGGAGAAUGGUCAGAUUCCGAGUAUGGGUAUGAGUACGGGCAUGGCUCCUAUCCCUGGAACUGA